CACUCUCCUAACCCCACUUGCAUGCUUAAAAGGGACGCAGAGACGAGCACUGGCUUCCAAUCGUGGCUGGGUGAGCCAUUCGUCCAGGGUAGGAGAGACAGAGCUGAUUAUUCUUUUCUUACUGUACAUCUCUCGCCAAAAAAGAGGAGACUUUACUGAGGAAGCAAGUUCAACUUUAAGAAACAAAACGAGACAGAUAUGCCACAGAACGUGGUGCUGGACGGGCCAGCCCCUUGGGGAUUUCGGCUUUCAGGAGGCAAAGAUUUUAACCAGCCGCUGACCAUAAGUCGGGUGACACCAGGCAGCAAGGCAUCUCGGGUCAACUUGUGUCCAGGAGACAUCAUCCUGGCUAUCCAGGGAGCGUCCACUGAUGGUAUGACUCACGCUGAAGCUCAGAACAAGAUCAAAGACUCCACCAAUCAGCUUUUCCUCAAGAUAGAGAGGCCAGAAACAAAGAUGUGGUCACCUCAGGUUAUAGAAGAGGGGAAAGUGAACCCAUUCAAAAUCAAUUUGGAGGCAGAGAAGCAAGACAUUGAUUACUUCGAACACAAGUUUAAUGUCAGACCAAAGCCCUUCAUAUCUGCAAGCCAAAAGAGUGAUACUACAUCCCAGAUGCUGAAGGGAAAUGUAGCUCCUCAGAUGCCUGGCACCCUGUCGGCUGGGUCCAAGGCAGCUCUUUCUGCACAGUAUAACUCCCCCAUUGCAUUAUACUCAGCAGACAAUGUCUCAAAUACACUGCAGCAGUCUCAGAUGUCCACUGUAGUCAGGCAGGCAUCACCCAGCCCUAAACCCCUGACGUCCCUUGAAGACUCUCAUGUGUACCGUAUGCUCCAGGACAACCAAGAGCAGCCACAUGAACCACGUCAGUCUGGAUCAUUUAAGGCCCUGCAAGACUAUGUGGAAAGUGAUGGCACAAGGCCCAUGGUGACUAGAAGUGUAAAAGCCCCAGUGACAAAACCCCAAGCCGCCACAACCUCACUCCAGAAGCUGCCUCUCUGUGAUAAAUGUGGCACUGGCAUUGUUGGACCAGUGGUGAAAGCUCGGGACAAGUACCGCCAUCCAGCCUGUUUUGUGUGCUCAGACUGCGGCUUGAACUUGAAGCAGAAGGGCUACUUUUUUGUGGAGGGACAGAUGUACUGUGAAGCCCAUGCUCGAAUGCGAAUGACCCCACCUGAGGGACAUGAUCUAGUUACUGUAUAUCCUACUGCUUAGAGGGACGGACAGUUGAAAUUAGACAACUGGUAUUGUUUGCAAUUAUUCCUUCUUGAUGUUCUGCUAUUCAUUUCUUAGUCAGAUCAUUAUUUUAGUGAUCAGAUCAUUACUACAUUACUGUUUACACCUGGUAUUAACAUGGCAUUGCUUCACUGUGUUUCGGGAAGCAUUCAGGGUGGACUGAAUUUAAAAGCA